AUGGCAGAUUAGAAACGUUAGAGAUUUAUUGAACUAGUUAAUCAGUUAGGAAAAUAAGCAUUGAUUGUAUAAGAUUUGACUAAAGACUGCUCCUAAUACUAAAAAUGUUUUAUAUUUUAAUUAGAAACAAAAAGGAUAUUAAAGGUUCUUAAUGAUGAAGUUUGUGAUGAAUAUAUAACUAAAUUAAAAUAGUAUUUUUAUAAAAUAUAUUUAAACAAUAUUUUAAUUGAUUAAAAUCGCUAUUAUUAGUUGCUUUAAUUUAAUGAGAAAUUAAAGAAAGAUUAAAAACCGAACCUUAUGUUAGGUGCUGAUUAGUAAAUAAAAAAAUGCAACAAGGACGUGCAAGCAAAAGUUAAAGAAUAUUACGAUGCCAUUAUUAAUUAAAGAAUAGUUGGAGAGAGUCAAUCUUUAUCUACUCCUUUAGAAGGUUUUGGAAAAAUUAUACUCUUCUAUCUUGGAACCAUACUCUCAAUAUUGUUAUGGCCUUUUUUAUAUUGUGUUUGCAGGUUUUUUUAUAGAAAAAAUUUUUAGCUUCUUUUCAAGUUAUUGGUUAAAUCUAGUUUUCCUCUUUUUUAUGCUUCAGCUUAAACAAGUAAAAUUAGAAUUAUAUAAUAAAAUAUUCAAACAGAUUGCAAGCAAUUAGAAAAUCAAAAUUUGGAAGCAAAAUAAGAAAAAAUUAUUUUUAGUGAUCAAGUUAUUUUUGAAGAUAGCAAAUAGUAAUUGAAUACAUAUACUGUUUGUAGCUUUAAUUUAAAGGGUUUCAGUACUUACCUACUAGUCUUUAUUUAUUGUAGUCUCUGCUUUUCAUCACUUUUUUUAAAUAUAUUUGGAUACUCAUAUAUUAACUAGAACCCGAACAGCUUAUAUUCAGAAUUAUUUAGGAUUAAUAUAAUUAUUCUUAUUUAUAUAUUGCUGAACACUGGUACUUAUUUGUUAAUUACUAGAUAGGGAAAUUAUCUAAAACUCAUAAGUGAGAAAGAAGAAUUGCUAGAUUUAAUGAACAAAAGAGAUAUCAUACCAAACAGUUUAUAUUUGAAUUUUAUUCUUGAUCCGAUAGAUAAAAACUUAGUUCGAUCUUUUAAAUAUUAUGAGGAAGCUUUUUAUAGUGGACGAGUGUGUUAUGAUUUCCAAAAUAAAAAAAAUGAAAAUAUAAAAGAACUAAAGGACGACAUCUAGGAAGAUUUCUAUUCUAGUGAUGAUAAAGAAGUUGUAUUAAGUAAAAAAUGGAUUAGUGGAGUAGGAAUAUUCACCUAAUAUUUAUUCCAACCUAGAAAAUCAGUUGCAGAUGAACUACCUCAUGUUUGCAAAGCCGAUUUACCAUUUUACACUAAUAAUAAUAUUUAUCCUACUUGGACUGCAGUUAGAAAAAAUAUUUUAAAAUUUUAUAAUAAUUUUUUUUAUCCAACAGUCUUUGUUAUUACAAUGGGACUAUUAACAAAUUAUUCGUAUUUAUAAUAUAACAGUUCUAUGGAUCAAUAUUAAUUAUUGAUAAUAGUAACACUGUGGAUAAAUUUGAUCCUUUACAUAUUAACCUAAUUAAAUAAUAGAUCAUUAAAAAAAUUCUUUUAAAGUAGGUAUUAUGCUUUGCAACGUCUUGGAUUUAUGAUUUCCUUAGACAGUAAUUUAUCUUUUAAAACAAUAAAUAAAGAAUUACCUACUAUGGAUAUUUUCUGUAGUAAAUCUCUUUAGACUUGGUAUGAUCUAAGAGUUAUUACUAUGUCGUACAAAAUUGAAUCAUCACAUGGAUGGAUAAAUUAACUUGUAGUAGAGCUAUUCCUUUUAAUAAUAGAAGCAGUGUCUUAAUUCAUAAAUUCAGAUGGAAGUUUUGAGGAUUAGCUGGUACAUAUGAAUCCAUAUCUUCGUUAUUUACUAAUUUUAGCUCUAUUUUAAAGAGUAACUACCUUUUUACUUCCUUCUUUACUAUAGCAGGCUAGAAUAAAUGAGGAAUUUAUUAUUCAUAAAUAACAGUUACUUCAAAAUUAAAAAAAAAUUAAAUAGAUUAGACAUAAUUUAUCUUAAAAUUAAGAAAAUGGAUUUGAAGCUCUAAAUUAAGUUGGUAAAUCUUCUAAUUUAUUUGGAAAUAAAGCAGAAAUAUUUUCUUAUCAAGCUCAAAAAGCUUUAAGAAGGGCAGCUUGGUAUAGCUCUGCUGUAGUAAAAGAUGAAAAUAAAAAAUCAUUUAAUAAAACUGUAGAUGUAAAUAGGUUUAAAAACAGUCAAAUAGCAUAUUUAGAUGAACUAAUAAAAUCAUACGAAGAUAUAUUAUAAAAUAUGGAAAAAGAUAUCAAAAUUCAUAAAAUUUUUAUAUUCGAUAUAAAACCAGUAACAUUCUAAUUUUUAGGAUUUAUUAUAACCUCUCUAGUUAGUUCUAUAUCUUUAAAAAUAGUUAACAUAUUAAAUAUUAAUGCAGUAAAAAGUUGUCAUUUAGAAUCUUAGUGA